GCUGCUCCGGAGGCGGUGCUGAAAUUUAUGGACCGCGGACCGUGCGGACUGGGGAGUGUUCGCUUGGAAGCUGAUAGCAGGCACCGGACAGGGGCAUUACCGGCAUUGUGCGGGAGGAAAAAUGUCGAUGGAAGACCCGUUCUUCGUUGUGAAAGGGGAGGUCCAAAAAGCAGUAAACACAGCACAGGGGUUAUUCCAACGAUGGACAGACCUGCUUCAGGACCCUUCCAUUGCCACUCGAGAAGAGUUGGACUGGACUACCAACGAGCUGCGCAACAACCUGAGAAGCGUCGAAUGGGACCUCGAGGACCUGGAUGAGACCAUUAGUAUAGUGGAAUCCAAUCCUCGCAAGUUUAGUCUGGAUCCAGCCGAGAUGAGGCAGAGAAAGGCAUUUAUCAGUGAAACCCGUCAGUGUGUGAAGGAGAUGAAAGAUCAGAUGACCAGCCCGUCCGCGCAGGCCUUGGCUGAGAGGAAAAACAGACAGGCGCUCCUGGGAGAAGGGAAGAAGCCUGGAUGGAAUCCUGAAGCAGACAAAUACAAGGGCUUGGACAAUGACCUUCAAACCGCUAACUCACAGUUUCUGGAAGGCCAAGUUUCACAGCAGCAGCUUAUAUUGGAGCAACAAGAUGAGGAUCUAGAACUGGUGUCUGGGAGCAUUGGAGUCUUGAAGAAUAUGUCCCAGCGUAUUGGGAAUGAGCUUGAUGAACAAGCUGUGAUGUUGGAUGACUUCUCACAUGAAUUGGAUACCGCACAAUCCCGCAUGGAUAAUGUACUGAAGAAACUAGCUAAAGUGUCGCACAUGACAAGCGAUCGGAGGCAGUGGUGCGCCAUCGUUGUGCUGCUUGCACUUCUGCUAGUGGUCCUCAUCCUGUUCUUCACACUGUGAUUGAGAAGGCAGAUUAUUUUACAACACUAUGGACAAUACCACUAGGACACUGAAUAGUGUGGAGUGAGUUGGCAUUGCUGUGACAAUGGGCAUUGGUAAUGUCUACUUCAUGGCCUAUUCACAUACAUAGUAGGCUACUCAGUCUAAUGUUUUUGAGGCUUAAUCUACACACUUUGUUACACUUUUUCAGAGUGUACGUGUCAACACUUGCCUAGUUACACAAGGCAGUGGAGUACUCCUGCAAUGUAUUACGUCACAUUUUACCUCGUCUGUACUUCCGGAAGGAGAUUACAACCUGCGAAUAUUCACUCACAAGAGCCAAGCUUUACAGUGUGUGUCUCGUUAGGAGGCGCUUCAAAGAGUGCUAAGCAUCUCGACUACAUGUACCACCACAACCUUAUCAACAUGUGGAUGGCUUUCAUUCUUGGACGCAAAUUGGAUUCAAUGAGUGACCCAUUGCUCAGAAGACAUCGGAAAGGGAUGAAUAUACCUUCAAGAUCCACUGUAACUUUUGCAUAAUUUUAUAAGCUACAUAACACCAAGGACUGCAACAGUACUCGUGGUCUGUGGUAAGGAUGGAAAACAAUGCUGAGUAAAAGCCCAUCUUUAAAAGGAUUGUCCUCCGGGGCACCUGGGAAGGAAACCUGAGCCCUCACCCUUUUAAACAAAAACAGAAUAACUUUCUCCAAAGAUAUUAACUGUUGGUGGGUUCAUUUUAAACUUCAAUGCUUAGGAUUCGGCUGAACCUACAAGAUUUCGCAAUCAUUUCACUUUUAGCCGUCCCGCGAGGAUACAGAAGAUCUGGAACGCCGUUGAAUGGACAGCUUUUAAUAAUGUUCUUAAAGGUACAGGAUUGGUGAAUAGAAUGGUUCCUUGUGAAUGGCUUGCACACGUGAAACACUACUGAUUCUUGUGUAUGUGUUUUUAUAACAAACAGGGCUCUGAAUGCGUGAUA